UCUGCUAGCCCAGUACUAGCCAUUCUUUUGGGACGCAAUCUGUUAACCACAGGGCAGCUUCCCCUACCAGUCAUCCCUACAGAUCGACACUGAGGCCUGGGCUGUUCAUAUAUAAACACAGAAGAUGGCACUAUACAUAGCUGUUCUGGCUGCAGCCCUGCUAGGAUCCUGUUGGGGAGCUCCUCCACUCGACACUGAUCCUGCGGCCUAUGACCUGGAGAAUUAUGACGAGGACUCAGACACAUGGGACCUGAACAGCUAUGGAGAAGCCUUUGACUAUGAUGACUUGGAUGAGAAGAUUGAGGUUGGGACCGUGGCUCCUCCUCCAGCUGUCACUCAACCACCUCCUGAAAUUGUUCCUGAAGACUACAUGGAAGAGGUUACCCUUCCACCAAGGACCACCAAAUCUCCAGUCCUUCCCACCCUGGACUUCCUGGGCCCUGGCCUCUUUGGCCCAGUGACAGGCUUGGGGAUGCCCACGUGCCUGCUGUGUGUGUGCAUCAGUGGCAGUGUGUAUUGUGAUGACACUGAUUUAACUGAGAUCCCCCCCCUGCCCAAGGACACGACACACUUCUAUGCUCGCUUCAACAAGAUCACUCAGGUCAAGGCCAAAGAUUUCCUUAACUUAAAUCAGCUGAAACGGAUUGACCUUACGGGGAAUCAGAUCGCCACGCUAGGAGAGGAAGCCUUCCUCUCUCUUCCACAGCUCCAGGAACUGCUUCUGGCUGAUAACAAGGUCCAGGCACUGCCAGGGCUGCCGGCCACUAUGAGGCAUGUUGACAUCCGCAACAACCGCCUGAAGAGUGGUGGAAUGCACAGAGAAGGCUUUAAGGAUAUGAAAGACUUGCAGUUCCUGUACCUGUCAGACAACCAGUUAGACUACAUCCCUGGUCCGCUGCCUGAGAGUCUACGGGUGCUCCACCUACAGAACAACAACAUCCAGAGCUUGAACCAGGACACCUUCUGCAACAGCCAUGACAUGAACUACAUCCGCAAGGCCCUGGAAGACAUCAGGUUGGAUGGCAACCCCGUUGAUGUGAAUAAGUAUCCACAGGCCUAUGUGUGUCUACCACGGCUGCCUGUAGGAACCCCACACUGAGGGGGCCAUCAAGACCACUCCUCAUCUGUCUUCCAUUACACUCACUGCAGGUUAGGGGGGGCCCAAUUGAUCUGUCCAUGCUCUGCCCAUAAAUCCAUAAAGUUGGACAAGCUUUAAAGAACAUUAGCAAAAACGCCUUUCAACCUGAUGAGAAAGGGUAGCUUUUCACGUUGAGUCACUAUAUAACAUUGUGUUUUCAGAAGUGUUCCAUUGGACCAUUUAGAGUCAAGACUUGACUUUAUAUUAGUCAAGACAAAAAAUCAUUUUACAUUCAUCAUACAUAUUAUCAAUGUUAAUUCAGCUCAACAUAUGGACAUUUAGAAGCAGAUAGGGGUGAUUGCAUACCACAACGAUAUUCAAAAGAAUUUAGAAAACAGAAAAGGCCAAUAUCCUUGCAUUAGGCUAACUUACUAUGUUAUGUGUCACAGAACAUUAUGUACUAACUGCAAAUAUUAGGUUAACGCAAGCUUGUUUUAUACUUAAAACCAUGGACAUGCUUCUAGAGACAUGGAGCACAAAAUAGACUCGAAGCUUAAAGAUUAUGAAAGAUCAGGGGAUUUGGAGACCUCUCUGGUGGACAUGUGUAAUUGCAUGCAGUCAUGCAAAAGAACAUUUUGUAACAUCGGCUGUGCUUCAGAGCAGCGCAGAUGAAAGAAAGGUGACUCACUGCACUGCACACACAUCAUAUUUUAGCUCGUUUUUCCUCCUGAUUCAUUAAUGCUGCUUCUUUUAGUUUUAACAAAGUAUCUUAUACAGUACUACUUUAACUACAUUUUUUUGCACAUAUAGGCAUUGUUGUAUGUGUCAUGUUGUGUAGUCACCCACGUUCAUUCACACAUGAGCACAUUGGAUAUGGCAUGGUAGCUCUUCUGGUUUUACAUGCGUUUCACUUUACAUAGCUGCUCUCUCUCAGGAAAAAAAAGUCCUCCUUACCUCAAAACUGUGUUGUGGUACCCAGUCAAAACUACGCAAGUUGGAAAUUGCUAGCUUGCUUGAUUACAAAAGAAAAAAAAAAUACAUCUGAUCUAUCCUAACAAUUUGACCUUUCACUCACUUGUAAGAGUAUUAUUUUAAAUUCUAACUCACUCGAUAUUUUGGUAUUUUUAGUUGUGCACCACAACUUUUCAUGAGGUUAAAUGGAAUUUUUGCCAAAAUUCUGUAAGGGAAGCAUGGAGAGAACAAUUGUUACAGCCCUGAAGGGCUGGUGUCCAGCACAGUAUGGGGAUUUGUCUGACAACUACUAAACCUAUUUGCCUAUCAUUAGUUAAUGAGUUAAAAGUGGAUUUGUUAGAACAGGAAAAUAUUCAAACCAUGCUAGACUCCAGUCCUUCAGGACCAAGGCCUUCCUGCCAUAGCCCUGUUAUUGCAGCUUGCUUUCCAGGUUGUUGGCUCCAUCACUGUGCAUUAUGCCAAUCUGUCGCUGCUAUUUUCAUGUGUUUUUCAAAUUCAGGAGAAUUACACUAAUUGCUGACUAAUUGCUGCUGAGAUCUUUGCUUAAUGUUCAAAUUUUAAAAAUGUUCAAAAAAUGGUUUGAUUUUCUGUUUUAAUUGUUGUCACCCUGAAAUCUUAUUUUGUUUUCUUAAUGUGAAGAAGUGUUAAGUGUAUUGCAAAGCAUAAGUGUGGAUUAAUAAGAGUGUGAAAACUGCAUAUAGAGCUGAAUACCUCUCCAUUAAGGCUGAAAGCAGGUAGGACUAGGUGUGGGGGCAUUGCUAAAUAUUCAUAAGUAAACAUUAAAUCAUUUACUACAGUGCUUGGAUUAUUCACUACAACACUGUAGAGUUCAGAUCAAUGGUCUCCAACUCCAACAGGCAGUAAACAGCAAAAACAGUGCAUUCACUGGCACAGGUGCCAAAUACAGGAAGGCACUGGGUCACGGGACCAAAGCAAAAGCUGCACCGGCAGUGUCCCUCCAAUCUAAGCACAAUGCUUGAGAAAUGCCACGGAAGUAAAACUGCAUAGAACAGCUUGAUAACAGCUGCAAUAGUACAGCUGCAUUUGACCAUUGGAAAACAGUAUUUUAAGCCUACCAGAAACUGUUACAAGAUAACCAGAAAAAUGUUGUUCCUCCAUAGUGUAGCAUCUUGGUCUUCUACGGCAACCAAAACACUGGUGCAGUAUGAAGGUU